AAGGUGUGGUGGAAAGGUACCUUACAAGCUGUCCCACGCGCCAUACCAAAAGAUCCAAAGGAUCCUUACAACUUGUGGAUAGUUCGGUCACAGACUGGGGAGUUUUUUUCCACCGAUUGUGUACGUCAUGCUGAUUUGAUUUCAGAGAUGGUUGCAGAAGUUGGCCAAGACGUGUUUACGGAUUUAGUGAAGAAAGGAUUGAGUGAAGUGCAGGAACAAAGUGAACAACAGGGAUUCAAAGUGGAGAAGCUUCAAAAGUUUACUUUCCCAGAUGGCACGCCUGCGUUGGCGAGCAGGCUCAAAAUUGAAUCAAUCCAAGUGCUCCAAGAUGUCAGGAACAAAGUUCUUAAUUCCGACUUGGAAUCUGCUGUCAACAAAGGCCUGGCCACAACAUUCACAACAAAGUCCACUGAAAAGUGGCAGGUGCGAUUAGACAAAACGUUCUUCUGCAAGAUAUUUGAGAAGGAACUUUUGAGGUUCUCGAAGCUGACACGACAUCAACAUGAGAAGUUGGGGGACGUAGAGAAUUUGCUGAGCGGUGGUCCCGUGCAUUUGUCCGCGCCUGCUGGAAGUGGGAAGACAUUUAUUGCUGUGCAGUGUGCCUACAAGAAGAUCAAACAAAGUUCUGAAGGACUGUUGUCAUUUGUUGCCCCAUCCAUUGAUCUUGGCCUUUACUUUUUCCAGUGGCUUGCUCAGAGAUUUGGAGAACACAUGUCGCUUCACGAUUUGCUGAGCCGUGUUGUGCUGAUGCAAGCACCAUACGAGUCGUUUAUGACCCUACAUGAUGAAGACGGCCGCUUAAUCACUAAGCCGUCGGAAGGUGAGCCGCAAUUUCUUUUGACCAUUGUCGAUGAAGCACAUGAUGUAUUUCAGUCCAUCGACUAUGACAGAUUUUUCCACAUGGUCAAAGCAGAGCAGCGUUUGCUGCUAUCCAGCAAAUCCCAGGCAUCGGGAACUGAUGUCGUUUUCGCUGGAGCGAAGGAGGUGAAGCUCACUGAAAUCGUGAGAACCACGAAACGAAUUGUUGCAGGUUCAGCUGCUUUUCAGGGAAGCGAAGGAGAGAAGGAAGGUGUCAAAUCCAUGUCCAGCAGGACCUCCUCUCAAGUCGUUCUUGUUCGAUUCAGAUUUAGGUGCUCGUGUGGACUUUGAGAAGUACAGGCAGAAGACCAUCACGGCACUUUGGGAUUUGAUAGGCACCUAUGCAGGCCUCAGCUUCCACCAGCGCCUUGCCAUGCUUGUGCCAAAUGACGAAUUUCUCACGGGAUUCAAAGGAAGCAUCCGACACCGCUUGGCUCAGUUUCCAGGGCGAAACUUUGAACUCACAUCAUGUCAAGACUCCCUGGCAAUCCUUCCAAACCAAGAGACAAAGCAGACUGAUGAGGCGCUUAUAAUUGACACAGUGGCAAACGCUAAGGGCCUCGAGAAGUUGAUCAUCAUUUGCAUCGGACUGGAUGAAAAACUGGGAGACCAGAAAACCAAUUGUGAGACCCGUGCCUUAAUCUAUCAGGCGCUAACCCGAGCGCAACUCCAAGUUGUUGUGGUGAACCAGCUCCUGCCAGGUGGCUGGUUUGAAUUCCUUGGAAAAGUGAAAUUCAAAGAGGACAUUUUUGAUGAGUCUUCAGCCAUGAAGGAGACCACCACCCAAGCAGCCUCUCAGAGCAUCUCUCAAACAGUGCCAUCAGUCGAGUCAAGAGCUGCAGCAAGCCACAGGCAUCCUCCAAGUCCCGGAAGAACUGCUUCAUUUGCAACCCAAAGAGACAGCCAUGUUCCUCCUGCUCCAGAACCAGAACCACCAAUCGUUUCAACAGACCAGGGGAUUGACCAGCUGAAAGAGCAGGACUCCUCCGUGUGGGACACCGAUAACGACUUUGACACCAAGCAGAUCCAACAGCUUCAGUUUGACCCUCGCAAGGAAAGAAAGAAGCAAGAGGAAGAUCCGGCGAAACUUCAACUACCCCCAGAUGACGACGAGGAAGAUCCAGAACAAGUCGCAGCCGACGAAGCCGCGGCUGCGAAAUACGCCCACAUCGCCCGCGCGGCACGCGCCGGCGACCUCCCGGGCGUCCGGGGCCACCUGCGCCGGGACCGCGGCAGCCUGGAUCAACUCGGUGACCUGGACCUGUCAGCGCUGCACUGGGCAGCACGGAACGGCCACCCGGCGAUCGUCGCGUUCCUCGUGGCGAAGGGCGCCGCCGUGGACGGCCUGGACGGCCGAGGCCGUUGGACUCCGCUGCAUUUUGCAGCAGACAACGGCCAAGUGGAGUGCGCCCAGCAGCUGCUGGCAGCAAAGGCCUCGGUGGACAUUAAGAACGACAGUGGCAAAACACCCUUGGAUUAUGCGAGAGAGGAGGGACGCACGGAAAUCAUGAACUUGAUGGGAAAAGC